AUGAGCGGAGCGAUUAAUCGGGUAAAAGCGCGCGCUCCAUCUACAGACACGCCAUCUGCCGAUGGGAAGCAGUAUCUGCAAUCCGGCUACAACAUCGCAAGGCGCUGGAUAGUCGACAGCCUCGGCUUCGCCGACGUGAAGAUCAACGAGAGCAAAGACAACAAACAUGACGUCUUCGGACGCCCAGUAUACGGAUACAAGAACGGCCAGCGAGCCGGCCCCGUCCCGACAUACCUCCAGGACGCCCUCAAGCUGCCCAACUUCCACCUCCAAAGCGGCACCGGCGCCGUGAGGGUGCAACGCACCGACAAAGCAGCAACAGGCGUCUGGGUCCUACUCAACGGCAUCGAGACCCUCAUCCCCCUCUCCAACACCGGCCGCGUCAUCAUCAGCGCCGGCGCCAUCGCCACCCCCGCCCUCCUAAUGUUCUCCGGCAUCGGCCCCACCACCUCCCUCACCCGCCUCUCCGCCGCCGGCAAACUCGGCAACCUCACGCACGCAGAGUGGAUCCCCAACGCUGCCGUCGGCGCGAACCUCUUCGAUAACCCAAAUACCUUCAUUGAGCUCUCCAGCCCGAGCAUCACCGCCUUCGGACCCUCUUACAGCAACCCCGCCCCCGCUGAUUCGGCGCUCUACCUCGCUCACCGCUCUGGGCCCUACGCCUCCGCCGGCCAUACCUCUGUUUUCUUCUCCCGCGCUUCCCAGCCCGAUGGCCGCAUCGUUGGGUUCCAGGUAACCAUCGGCACGGGGGGAUACGCGGACUACACCUCCGCUACUACCAUCACGCUUAACAUCUACGGCACCUCUGGUCUUGCGUCGCGCGGCUCCGUCGUGCUUGAUGGGAAGUUCAUCCCUGGUCCGGACGGGAACAUGUAUUACUCCUCCGCCCCCGACGCUCGCGCCAUCGCUAGCUUCAUCGCCCGCAUCUUCGCAGCGCUGCCCGCGGAUGUGGAGACGUUGAAUCUGGAGCGCGAUGCGAGCGUGGCGAGGAUAGAGCAGUAUAUCACCACGCCGUCGGCGUAUGCGAGGGGGCAGGUGAAUCAUUGGAGUGGGAGCUGUAAGAUUGAGGAGUGUGUGGAUGGGGGGGGGAGGGUCGUGGGGAUGGGGAAUGUGUGGGUUGCUGAUGCGAGUUUGUUGGAGCCGUUGAGUGUGAAUCCGAUGUUUGGGGUUAUGGCGGUGGGGGAGAAGGUGGCAGAGUUGAUUUUGAAGGGGGUGCGUGCCUGAGGGGAGAGGGGAGUGAUGAUUUUGGAUGAUGGCAUAGCGAUGGGCGUACUAUUGGAAGGGGGAUGGAGUUGAGAUAAAGCAUAUUUAGGCG